GGAAAGUGUAGCGUAGACCUUGUUCAACAGGACAGUUAAAAGGCGUUACUUUCGACGACUUUUUCUGAAGUGGGUGUGGAGGAGGAGGCUGUUACCCAUCUCCUUCGUGGCAUCGCAGAAAAGCAGAUCUAUAUGACUCAGUUUGUGAUGGUACCCUGUUGAUUCUGUGGCUUUAAAGUAAAAGCUCAAUGGUGUUGAAUAUGGCAUUGCAAAGCGAAGACCUUCUUAGUGAUGUGGAUCUAUUGCCUUCAUCCCAGCCUUGCUCUGCUCCUAAUUCCCCUCGAUGGCGUACACGUGACCAAAAAGGGACCAUUGACAUUAACCAGAAGCCUCUGACUCAUUCCUGGCCUUCAAGUCCUUACUCCACUAUUAGAUCUUCUAAUGAAGUCAGCGCUCGUUUGCACAUGUCCUUAAGAAACAGUAUAGAGGUGGAGGGAAGAACAUGGUCUGGCAUAAGUGAAGACAAUGACAAUCUAAUGUUUGGAAAAAGAAAUGAGCAAUCUGCCAAAAGACAGGUCACCUUUAAUACUGGAUCUACUGAUUCAUCAUUAGGCUCUUCAGUUAAUUCUCCUUUGGAGUCAGAUCACUAUAGUCCUAAGGAUAAAUGCUCACCUUGCUCGGUUGAACAGAAGCCCUUGGCACUGGAUUCAAGUGACAGUGAUUGCCAGCCAGUUUCUGUAGAACAUGCUAUGCCAUGUGCAUUAAAGCUCAGUAGAGACCAGUCAGACCCUAGAGUAAAUUCUGCUGGCAGGCACAAUUUUGCAGAUAUCUUUUCUUCUAGCCAUUAUCUUUCACCAAGAAGCACUGGAGCUGCUCUUUCUAAUAACUUCAACAUGUCCAGAUCAGACCUUAUUCAGUCAAGCCAUGACCAGGCUGGUGGUAGCAGUGAAAUGGAAACACUUGCCCAAGAGAUCACAAGGAAUUUACAAACUGGAAUAGAAAUCAGUACCAUGAACUCUAAGAAAGGGCCAAGACACAUUACAGAUAUGGAGAAUAUUCGUUCACAUUUGCAGAACUUUAUGAAAACAUCUCUAGACAAGUCUACAAGGGACUCUCAUGGUUUAGCUUCUGCAACUUUGCAUACUGGUGUGACUGAAGAGAAAAAGGAUGAUGACUCUUUUGAUAGCGACAGCACUGGUGCUUUGCUGAAUGCUAAGCCAAUGCCAGAUAUUUCUCCACCUGUGACAGUAAAUGGACUAGAAGAUCUCUUCCCUCGAUAUUCUCGAAUGCGCUUUCAAUGCGCUGCUGUUCCUACAGAGAUUCAGAUAUUGAAGGACACAAUUGAAAAAGAAAGGACAAGGCGUAAGGUGUGUGUGUACCAAAUUCAGACUCUACAGAACAAAAUUCUUGAACUCCAACAACAGUUAGCUAUUGCCGUUUCUGCUGACAGGAAAAAGAACAUUAUCGAUUGAGCAGCUAGACAAAACUCUAGCCAGUGUUGUGGACAGCUGGAAAAAGAACGAGUCCGAGAAGAGUGCUCUAAUUAAAAGACUGAAGGAGGAUAAUGAUGCUGCCAGCAAAAGCCGGGUCAACCAACAAGAGUUCAUACAACAGUGUGAAGAACGUCUAUUGAAAGAGCAGAAACAAGUAACACAGCUAGAGAAUGAUAAACGUCUAUUGGAGGAUAAACUUGCUGGUCUCUCAAGGCAGCUGGAGCUAAGUAACCUCAAAAUUCAAGACCUACAAAGGGAACGAGAAUGAAGCUGUGAAUGUUAGCCAGCAGGAGGCAGAAGAGAGCACAGACUGUGCGGACAACACUUGAAGAACAGAGGGAUACCUGGGGGAAAAGAGGAAAGGGAGCUAGAAGAGCAGCUUAAGCAGCAAGAGUCUGAUCUCAAACAGCAGAUU